GCAUAGCUCACAUUUGUGGCUUGCAUUUAAUUUCUCUUAGAAAGAGCUGGGGUGCACAGCUCCAACGGAGUUGAAAAGGAAGGAAAAGAGGUUCCUAGCAGCUGGAGGUGGAAGUGUGGUCCCGAGGAGGGUGUUUUGUGUCUUCAGCCUAGUGGUAACAGUGUGCUUGUAUCCUCAUGGAAAUGAUGCAGGAAAGAAGGAAAGAUUGAUGACCCGAAGAAUGGAGGGGAGAAUCCACAGAACAGAGUCCUCAAGCAGAUGGCGGGGCCUGGUGCGUGAGCAGAGGUCUCACCUAGGCGAGGAGGCGUGUGCUGGACUCCUUUUAAUUUUGGCAUGAAUCAUAGAACACCACCCUACCCCGCUGGGGAUUAUUGUCUUCUGUGCAGAAGUGAGCGGAAAGACUCUUCAUUCUUAGAGAGCGGAAUUAAGACUGCGAGCAAAUUGGCCCUUUCUAUGGCCCCCAAGGGCAACAGCGUGCUGCACCUGCCACUGUGGGUAUGCCCAGACUGCCGGCGGACUGUGGAGAAGGAGGAGAGGCAUAGUGGCCUCGACCAGCCAUCGCAGGGCCAAGACUUUCUUCUUCACUCCCCUCUCAGCGGCUCGCAGCCGGAGGCGGGCGGCGGGCGGCUGGCCCUCGGCGCACAGACGCUGCCCUCGGCCGGGCUGGGCGCCGCCCCCUCGGACGCCGCGUGUGCUUGCGAGGCGUGCAGCGAGCGCAGAGAGAUUUCGGCAGACACAGACCGGGAGCCCCAGCAGCUGCAGAACUACUGGUCAGAAGUGCGCUACAUGGUCCGCUGCAUUUACCGCCAGGCAGGGACUCCGCUGGCCGACGACCAAGACCAGAGUCUCGUGCCGGACAAGGAGGGGGUGAAGGAGCUCGUGGAUAGGCUCUGUGAGAGGGACCCUUACCAGCUGUACCAGCGGUUGGAACAACAGGCCAGAGAGUAUGUGCUGGAGAUGAAGGUCCGACUCCUCCGGCAGCUGUCGGCUGCAUCCAAAGUGAAAGCCCCGUCUGCCCUGCAGGGCCCUCCACAGGCGCACCAGUUCAUCUCCCUCCUUCUCGAAGAGUACGGUGCCCUCUGCCAGGCGGCACGCACAAUCAGCACCUUCCUUGGCACGCUGGAAAACGAACACUUGAAAAAGUUCCAGGUGACGUGGGAGCUGCAUAAUAAACAUCUGUUUGAAAACCUGGUCUUUUCGGAGCCACUUCUCCAGAGCAACUUGCCGGCACUGGUGUCACAGAUCAGGCUGGGGACCACAACACACGACACGUGCAACGAGGACACGUACAGCACCCUGCUGCAACGGUACCAGCGCUCCGAGGAGGAGUUGCGCAGGGUGGCUGAGGAGUGGCUGGAGUGCCAGCAGAGGAUCGACGCGUAUGUCGAUGAGCAGAUGACCAUGAAAACCAAACAGCGCAUGCUGACAGAGGACUGGGAGCUUUUCAAACAAAGGCGAUUCAUUGAGGAGCAGCUAACCAACAAGAAAGCAGUUGCUGGUGAGAACAAUUUCACGGACGCCAUGAGGCACAUGUUGUCCUCCCGGCUGAGCAUGCCCGACUGCCCCAACUGCAACUACAGGAGAAGAUGUGCUUGUGAUGACUGCAGCCUCUCACACAUCCUCACUUGUGGUGUCAUGGACCCCCCCGUCACUGGCGACAUCCACAGUCACCAGCUGCCCCUCCAAGUGGAUUCUGCUCCCGACUAUCUCUCUGAGAUGCGCCCACCUAGCGUGUCCUCAGCAAGCUCAGGGUCAGGUUCCAGCUCUCCCAUUACAAUUCAGCAACAUCCCAGACUCAUCCUCACAGACAAUGGCUCUGCACCAACUUUUUGUAGUGAUGACGAAGACGUUGCACCAUUGUCAGCUAAGUUUGCUGAUAUUUAUCCAUUGAGCAACUACGACGAUACUGAGGUGGUGGCCAACAUGAAUGGAAUCCACAGCGAAUUGAAUGGUGGCGGGGAAAACAUGGCUCUGAAAGAUGAGUCCCCUCAGGUAAGCAGUACCAGUAGUAGCUCUUCAGAGGCUGACGACGAAGAGGCAGAUGGCGAAAGCAGUGGGGAGCCGCCAGGAGCCCCAAAGCAAGACGUGGCUCUAGGCAAUGGGAGCCCCAGGAAAGAGGAAAGUAAAGUGGACAGUCCACCCCCAUCUUACCCAACUCAGCAGGCUGAACAAACUCCAAACACUUGUGAAUGUCAUGUUUGUAAACAAGAAGCCUCUGGACUGACAGCAUCAGCAAUGACAGCUGGCGCCCUUCCUCCCGGCCAUCAGUUCAUGAGCCCGGAGAAGCCCACACACCCUGCUCUGCAUCUUUACCCCCACAUCCACGGACAUGUGCCUUUGCACGCAGUCCCACACCUGCCCCGCCCUCUCAUCCACCCCACCUUGUAUACAGCGCCCCCCUUCACACACAGUAAGGCUUUACCGCCAGCACCUGUUCAGAAUCACACAAAUAAGCAUCAGGUAUUCAAUGCAUCUCUUCAAGACCAUAUUUAUCCAAGCUGUUUUGGGAAUACUCCAGAGUGGAAUAGUUCUAAAUUUAUAAGUCUUUGGGGAUCAGAAGUGAUGAAUGAUAAGAACUGGAAUCCUGGCACUUUCUUGCCAGAUACAAUUUCUGGGGGUGACAUGCUAGGGCCAGCGCUGUCCGAACCCAGACCCGAAGCCCUCCCGCCUCCGCCCAGCGACGAGGCGCCUACCGUGCCGGAGAGCAAGGAGAAAAAAAGUGCCGCCAAACAGAAGUGCUUAUACAAUUUCCAAGACGCCUUCCUGGAGGCGAACAAAGUCGUGAUGGCCACGUCGUCCGCCACCUCCUCCGUAUCCUGCACAGCCACCACCGUGCAGUCAAGCAACAGCCAGUUCAAAGUGUCAUCCAAGAGGCCUCCCUCCCUAGGCGAGGUGUUCCACGGCGUCAGCAAGGAGGACCACAGACACGCGGUGCCGGCCGCCCCGAGGAACAGCCCCACGGGCCUGGCGCCGCUCCCCGCCCUCGCCCCUGCCGCCCUCGCCCCUGCCUCCUCGCCUCACCUCGCAAGUCUCGCAGCCCCGUCCUUCCCCAGCACCGCGGCCACGUCCCCCGGGUUUGUGGACACGCGCAAGAGCUUCUGUCCUGCUCCCGGAGCCCCCCCGCCCCCCACCACAGACGGCUCCCUCAGCGCCCCCCCCAGCGUCUGCAGUGACCCCGACUGCGAGGGGCACCGCUGUGAGAACGGCGUGUAUGACCCGCAGCAAGACGACGGGGACGAGAGCGCUGACGAGGACAGCUGCUCCGAGCACAGCUCCAGCACCUCGACCUCCACCAACCAGAAGGAGGGCAAGUACUGUGACUGCUGCUACUGUGAGUUCUUCGGGCACGGCGGGCCUCCGGCUGCACCAACAAGUAGGAAUUAUGCAGAAAUGAGGGAGAAGCUUCGUUUGCGGCUGACCAAGAGGAAAGAGGAACAGCCUAAGAAAGCGGACCAGCUCUCCGAGAGGGAGGGUGUGGUUGACCAUCGCAGGGUGGAGGACCUUCUGCGGUUCAUAAACAGCUCCGAGCCCAAGCCAGUGAGCAGCACCCGAGCCGCCAAGCGAGCCAGGCACAAGCAGAGAAAGCUGGAAGAGAAGGCGCGCCUGGAAGCAGAGGCCCGGGCCCGGGAGCACCUGCACCUCCGGGAGGAGCAGCGGCGGCAGGAGGAGGAGGAGGAGUUUCAGCGGCUUCAGGAGCUUCAGAAGCUGAGGGCUGUGAAAAAGAAGAAGAAGGAGAGGCCAAGCAAAGACUGUCCCAAGUUGGACAUCCUUGCUAGAAACUUCCAGGCAGCAGCAGAGUCUGUACCUAACUCUGAAAACAUGCACAAUGGCUCACUAGAGCAAAUGGAAGAACCAGAGACCUCACCUCACUCCCCUUCCAGACACGGGGACCACUCAGAGCCUGGGCCGGGGCCGGGGGCCGACGGCGACGCCACCGACCCCAUGGACACCAGAGACUCCAAGCUCCUCCUCCCGAAGGAGGUCAGCGGGAAGCAGCAGGAGCCGCUGUCUUUUCUCCUUGACAUCAUGCAUCAGCACAAGGAGGGGAGUGGCAAGCAAAAGCUCAAGCAGACCAGUAAGGCCAGCAGCGAGCCGGCAAGAAGGCCGGCCGAGCCCCCCAAGGCCUCCGAGAGCCAGCCCAGACCCCGGCCCCAGACUGAGUCGAAGGCAAAAGUCCUGGACCUCACUUCCCUGGCAGAGCAGAAAAGAGAGGAGAGGAAAGUCAACAGUAACAACAAUAACAAAAAGCAGCUGAACCACGUCAAGGAAGAAAGGUUGAAUCUGGCCCCCCAGGAGCCUGCCUCCCCCAGCGAGCACCCUCAGGACAGCAAGCUGGUGCCCGCAGACUCUCCUCAGCCCAAGGGCAAGAGCAAGAAAAACAGGAAGAAGAAAGGAGACAGAGUCAGCAGCUCAAUCGAUGAUGUCUUUCUGCCUAAAGAUAUCGACCUAGACAGCGUGGACAUGGACGAGACCGAGAGGGAAGUGGAGUAUUUCAAAAGAUUCUGUUUGGAUUCGGCUAGACAGACCCGACAAAGACUGUCCAUCAACUGGUCCAAUUUUAGCUUGAAAAAGGCCACUUUUGCCGCCCACUGAAUGAGGACCGCCUGGAGAGGGACGCGCAGGAGGACUUCUGGACUGACGGCAUGCAGGUGGGACAGAGCAGAGGCAAGAGGGACUCCUGAGGCUCUGCUCUGAGCCCUGGGCGGGACGGGGCCAAGUCUGGGGUGCUCAUCAGAAGCCCAGGUGAGAUGUCUGGCACUGGGGAUCGCUGCUCGUGGGCAGAAGGCCCCCCAGGAACAUGUGUGGACAGGUCGGGCGGGGGGCUGUCCGCAGAUCCAGUAUCACAGGUGGCAGGAGCAUGGCACGGCAGGGCUGCUGUGGCCGGGGUGAGGUCCAAGAACUGGCCCUGGGCUCCCACCACAACCCCGUGGGAGCUGGUUUGCGGGAAAACAGGGUGGGAAGAGCAGGUCCUGGGACUAGGAGACGGGGUGGCAGCAAGACGAGCAGGGGGACAAAAAGCUGGCUGGCUUGUUGUGCUUUUGUUUUUUCUAGGUGGGAGGAAGGACAGCAUAUCUCUGCUCCUGGGAUGACCCAGCAGAUCGAGGAGCAGGCUGGGUGGUGACCACAGGAGCCAUGUCCUCAAAAGGCCCUGAUGUGCCUCCAGGACUCCCGGGCCCAGGCCUCGUCCCUUCCCGGUGAGCGUGAGGGUAGCCGGGCUGGCUGGGCAAAUGCUGGGGAGGGUCCCGGGGAGCCUGCACACCUGGACCCUGCCAUCUGGGGAACCUGCCCGCCCAGGCCCACCCCUGAGACCCUGCCCGUGCCCCACCCCAUCCUUGUCAUGAGUUGGAAGCAGUCCCACCUGUGGGCCGCAGCUUUCAUCUGUCCUGGGGGCCACAGUGGCCGAAGGGUCCUACCUGUGACAUGAGCAGGGCCUUGUCGGGGCCAGGAGUGGUGAGGGGGACCCCUGGGCACCCCGGCACAGUGUCCACACACACCCAUGUCUCCACCUAAGUUGGCCCCACCUGCCCCCCUGCCACACCCCUGCCCCCCUCACACACGGGCCAGCCACCUAGGCCUUAUUCCGGCCUUGCUGCUUGAAAUCGGGAGAAUGCCCUUCCCACGUUCCACACAAGGCCCAACCCUUUCGCUCCUUUGGGUCUUUCCCUGAGUGGGGGUUGGGGGUGGGGGGUGUCUCUUUACCAUUCCCAGUUCUCAGGAACAGAACACUGAGGAUGGAUUUCGGGCCUGGGAGGCCCAGGACAGUCCAGGGGUAGGAAAAGGUGGAGGGUCGAGGCUGGCAGGGCUUCCUUAGUUCAGCCCCUCCCACACAGGUGGAGGCAGGCCCAGGCCAAGGCACUGGAUACUGUGCCCCCCAGUGCAAGGCUGCGUCGUCCUGCCCAGGCAUUGCAUUUACUGGUGGGGAAACCAAGGCCCAAGGUGUGCCUGCGAGACAUCUGGCCCCAGUGCUACUGUCUUCACGGGGGCCUCGGCCCGAGGGUCGGAUCGCGUUGGAGUGUCCCCUCCUUUACACAAUAAAUGAUCACGAGAUGAAAUAAAAUAACAGUAGCUAGAAAAGAAACAGUGAAAAUGCCCUUUCGUUGAACUUUGUCUACAUAGUCAGGCCAUUAAAAAAAAUAUUAUCAAAAUGAGCAUUAUGGUACCAAAAAGGAUUAACAUUUCUUCAUUUCAUUAAUACGUUUUUUUUAAGAAGAAAAAACUUACCUCACAGGUCACACUGUGUCGCGGUUUUAAACACAAAUAAAACCUCUCGGUCACACACGCAAUGACAAUUGAA